GGACAUAGGGAUUCGAAAAGUUAUUAUAGAAUCAGAUUUUAAAUCUGCGAUAGAAAUUCUGGUUCAUAAAGAAAAAAUAGAGGAACAUCCUGAAGCUUUGGUGCGUAGCAUAGGAGAGUUCAUGAAAAGAGACUGGCAGAUUAAGAUCAAGCACACUUACAGGGAAGGAAACAGAGCCGUAGAUUAGCUCGCCAAGAAAAGUUUAGACAUAUACCCAAAAUUUGUGUUCAUUGAUCAACCCCUAGGAGAGUUAAAAAGAAUUCUUGAUGAAGACAUUAGGGGCACUAUGUUGCCAAGGCUAAUUUUUAGUUGUUAGUUUUUUCUUUUGUUGGGCGUAAAGCCCCUUUGUUUAUCGAAAAAAAACUUAAUUAAUAAUUAUACUUAAUUAAUUACUAUCAAAAUAAUGGAAACAGGAGCCCCUGACCCUCCAUCACAAUGCCGGAGCUAUGAACAGCGUACCAGAGACAGGCACAUUUUCCACACACGUAGCAGUCUUAUAAUGCACCACCUAUUAUCAGCAUCACAUGAUGAUUUUGAGUGUAAACACCAUGGAAUUUCCCUAAUCCCUAUUCAUUUUUCACUUCUUACCCGACGCUGCAAAAUAACCUUUCUCUCCAACCAGAAACCCUAGAAAAAUUGGAGUUCGAAGGUGGCAUGGAACCAUCACCAUCAACGCGAUACAAUCUGCGAUCUCGUGGUCGUAUAAUCGGUAACCGCCUUUUGAGGUUACGCCGAGGAGUUCCAGUCUAUAAUAGCUCCGCAAAUCAUCAUCACCAGUCAUGUCAAAAGCCUUGUAGGCCCUCCGUUAAAAAAGUACAAAAGCCUUGUGGACCCUCAAUACUUAGAGGCACUGAUGAGGAACUAGGAAAUCAACGGCCAAAUCGUUGUAUAAGUAGUAAAGAAACACAGAGACAAAGUAGAUUAUGUUAUAUGGAGAUGUUUCAACCUUAUCCAUUGGUGGCAAUGCAACACUACAACAAAAUGCUAAAAGAGGAAGAACAGUACAAAGUUUAUGAUUAUGCGAAUGGGAUUAUGACGGCUUUUGAAAAAGUUGGUGAUUUUCAUCAACUGCACAUUUUGGGUGUGCCAAAAUCUUUUGAAUACAUGCAGAACUCACCGGAUGAUGAUGUUCCUGUUAAGCACUUUUAUGCCCGGAUCCAUCAAGCACCCAAAAAGGAUACUCAUGUAGAUUACUGUGAGCCUUUUGAAGGAGAAGGACCUCCAUUGAGAGGUUUGGAUAUUAGGCGAAUCGUUCCCUUGUGCUGUAAAUAUUGUGGUCUUGCAAAUGGGAAUGCUAUCGAGUCAAGAUCAUUAGAAUUGAGCAAGCAAGCUGAAGCUGAUGGAGAAGAUUCGGAUUCAGACUACUGGGAUGGUUACUCGGACCCUAAUCCCCCUAAAAAAGAAAUCAGAGGAGCAUUAGCAGAAUCUAGGAGAAGGCGUUGAACCUACCUUAGAAGACUUUAAGGACCAACGUCCGAUCUUGAAAGCACUUCAGGUUAUAAUGCCAAAAUCUCAAGUCAGCACACUUAUCUUUAUCUGGCUGGAUCUUUACAGGCCUUAGACUUCUUGAAUAUUCUACUAUAAUUUUUCUUUUAUGUAGAAUUCGACUUUUUUUAGUGCGGUCUUCUUUAUUUUUA